UAAUAAUAGAGAAAUUUAUGACAAUGACUAGAACAUUAUAAAAGCCAACCUUUUCUUUCGCUGGGUGCUCACAGUUCACCACUGAAGCCUCAGGAUGUUAAAGUUUGUGUUGCUGUUCCUGACCCUGUCAGGUCUCCAAGCUCUUCCAAUCGCAGCUCCUGGACAGCGAACGUCUUUGCCUGACCGUCACCCAGAUGGCUUUAAACGGAGCGUUGAACACGCCGGCGUCCGUGAAAGUGUUCCUGCUGGAUUCAGACAAGGAACGGAGCCAUCCAGGAAGUUCCUUGUUGACCUGAACACUGGACUUGUUAAGGAACACAUCAGUGAGAUGGAAAGGAGAGUUGUCCCUGUCGACGUUCCAGCCCAGAGAAGAGGAGCAGGCUGGGUUCGAGUGGAGAAACCCUCAAUUGUUGAAGUUCCUGAAACUCUUAGACAAGAAACUAAGUCCAGAAUGUCCAUCCCAGUUGGUUUUAGACAGGGAACCGAGCCAAAGAUGUCAAUCCCAGUUGGUUUCAGACAGGGAACCGAGCCAAAGAUGUCCAUCCCAGUUGCCUUCAGACAGGGAACUGAGCCAAAGAUGUCCGUCCCAGUUGCCUUCAGACAAGGAACUGAGCCAAAGAUGUCCAUCCCAAUUGACUUCAGACAGGGAACCGAACCAGAAAUGUCCCACCUAAUUGAGCUCAGAAAGGAAGCUCAGCAAAAUAUGCAGGUUCCAGUUGCUUUCAGACUGGAAACUGGACCAAAAUGGUCACUGCCAAUUGGUUUUAGACAGGGAACUGAGCCAAAGAUGUCCAUCCCAGUUGGUUUUAGACAGGGAACCGAACCAAAGAUGUCCAUCCCAGUUGCCUUCAGACAGGGAACUGAGCCAAAGAUGUCCAUCCCAAUUGACUUCAGACAGGGAACCGAACCAGAAAUGUCCCACCUAAUUGAGCUCAGAAAGGAAGCUCAGCAAAAUAUGCAGGUUCCAGUUGCUUUCAGACUGGAAACUGGACCAAAAUGGUCACUGCCAAUUGGUUUUAGACAGGGAACUGAGCCAAAGAUGUCCAUCCCAGUUGGUUUUAGACAGGGAACCGAACCAAAGAUGUCCAUCCCAGUUGCCUUCAGACAGGGAACUGAGCCAAAGAUGUCCAUCCCAAUUGACUUCAGACAGGGAACCGAACCAGAAAUGUCCCACCUAAUUGAGCUCAGAAAGGAAGCUCAGCAAAAUAUGCAGGUUCCAGUUGCUUUCAGACUGGAAACUGGACCAAAAUGGUCACUGCCAAUUGGUUUUAGACAGGGAACUGAGCCAAAGAUGUCCAUCCCAGUUGGUUUUAGACAGGGAACCGAACCAAAGAUGUCCAUCCCAGUUGCCUUCAGACAGGGAACUGAGCCAAAGAUGUCCAUCCCAAUUGACUUCAGACAGGGAACCGAACCAGAAAUGUCCCACCUAAUUGAGCUCAGAAAGGAAGCUCAGCAAAAUAUGCAGGUUCCAGUUGCUUUCAGACUGGAAACUGGACCAAAAUGGUCACUGCCAAUUGGUAUUAGACAGGGAACUGAACCAAAGAUGUCCAUCCCAAUUGCCUUCAGACAGGGAACUGAAUCAAAGAUGUCCAUCCCAAUUGCCUUCAGACAGGGAACUGAAUCAAAGAUGUCCAUCCCAAUUGCCUUCAGACAGGGAACCGAACCAGAAAUGUCCAUCCCAGUUGCCUUCAGACAGGGAACUGAAUCAAAGAUGUCCAUCCCAAUUGCCUUCAGACAGGGAACCGAACCAGAAAUGUCCAUCCCAGUUGCCUUCAGACAGGGAACUGAGCCAAAGAUGUCCAUCCCAGUUGCCUUCAGACAGGGAACCGAGCCAAAGAUGUCCGUCCCAGUUGCCUUCAGACAAGGAACCGAGCCAAAGAUGUCCAUCCCAACUGACUUCAGACAGGGAACCGAACCAGAAAUGUCCCAUCUAAUUGAGCUCAGAAAGGAAGCUCAGCAAAAUAUGCAGCUUCCAGUUGCUUUCAGACUGGCAACUAGAGUCCAGACCCACAAAAUGGCCUGUAACGGGGAGAUCAUCAGUGGAAAAUGUUACGAGUUCAACCCCAAUUCGUUGUCCUACAAAGAUGCCCAGGCCUUUUGCAGAAAUCUGGCUCCCGAUGCUGAGCUUGCCUCUAUAACAAACAGAGACCUCCAUUCCCGACUGGUUUCCCUGGUGACCAAAGGAGGCGAGAACCACCCAGUGUUGACCUGGUUGGGAGGCAUAGUCAAGAACCAGCAGGCCUCGUGGGUCGACGGGUCAAAAUGGAGCUACAGCGACUGGAUGCCGGGACACCCCAACAUUCACACUGACAAACCCGCCUGUGUCGAGAUGUUCAAGAUCGAUGAGAGCUGGUGGAGCGUGGCGGAUUGUGAACUGAAGAGGGCGUCCCUCUGCUCGUACCCAGUCACUGCGUAAAAAUCAAAGAAACAGGAAGUGAUGUCAGAUGUCUCUCCUACAGCGAAAGAGUUUCUCCAAAUCUGCUGUACUCCUCAGAUUGAGCUACUUACCGCAUCAUGAUUGAAUCUCCUUAAAUAAAACCAAGCAUGACACAAAUAAA